UGUCCUGAUAUCACUCCGCUGGCAUGGAGGAGGAGGAGGUGGAGGAGGAGAGCACUUGAUCAUUGUGAUGGUGGCAGCAGGAGCAGCAGCAAGCAAAGCAAAGCAUUAGGCUGUAUCAGCUCGGCGAUUGCAAAGACUUCAGCGAUCCACUUUUUCAGAUCGCCCGGAUUGUUCAUGUGUUUACUUCCCCCACCCUGAGGAUUUACUAUUUAGGUUCCUCUUGAAAUGCAACUGAGCAGCCAAAGUACUCAGAACACGGUGCGGCAUAAACACCAAAACUUUUUUCUGGAAGGAAAAUACAAUAAGAAAGCAGCUUUGCUUGUCUUUUGAUGCUGGGGAGUGUGAGUGCGUGUGUGACCAGCGUAUGCCUUUGCUGGAUGUGUGUAUGUGUUUGUGUGUGCAUGCAUGUGGAAGGGUGCGUGUAUUUCUCUCUAUAUUUAUACAUGGGGAGAAAAGUCUUUGGCAAAAUCUCCGGAAAACUCCUGGAAUUUAUUUUGAAAUAAUGGAUUAUAAAAAAGAAAAGGGAGGGCAGGAACUGAUCUGAGCUCUCUUGGAGUUUGCAACCCGAAUUGCUGCUGCUCACUUUGUUGGGAUUCUUUUUACGGUUGUGUAUCUGGUGAUGAUAACCUUUUAGCACUUUUUUUCUUUUGCUCUUUUAUAUAAAUACUGGAGGUUUUCGUAGAGGAUCGGCUGGGGAAAGAGAAAAACAUUCACCUGGGAUCGCUCUUUCCCUUCUACUUGUUGGUGUUUCCCCCCAUGGUUCACUAAAAAGUAUCACCUCAGGACCCCAGAGGAGGCUGCGUGUGUGUGUGUGUGUGAGUGAAGGCGAGGAUAAAAAGUUCUUCCAAAAUAGUGUGCCCGGGGAAGAGGAUGGGGGAUUUUGCAGCCCCCGCUGCCGCCGCGAAUGGCAGCAGUAUUUGCAUCAACAAUAACCUGAACAGCGGCCUCAGCGGGGCCGGUGGUGCCGGUAUCGGGGUUAAUAACACUCCCCACGGUCCUCCUGCUGCUGCUCCCAGUAACAAUAAUACUAAUAGCGGCGGCGGCGGCGGCAUUCCCAAGCACAGCACCGUGGUGGAGAGGCUAAGGCAGCGCAUCGAGGGCUGCAGGAGGCACCAUAUCAACUGCGAGAGCAGGUACCAGCAAGCCCAGGCGGAGCAGCUGGAGCUGGAACGCAGAGACACGGUGAGCCUCUACCAGAGGACCCUGGAGCAAAGGGCCAAGAAAUCGGGCACCGGCGGCGGGAGUAGCAAACAGCAGCAUCAGAGCAAACAGCAGCAAGAUGCCGAGUCUGCCACGGCCGAGCAGAGGAACCACACUCUGAUCAUGCUACAAGAGACAGUAAAGAGGAAACUGGAAGGAGCGCGUUCACCCCUCAAUGGAGAGCAGCAGAAUGGUGUCUGUGAUGGUAGUUUCUCUCCAACCAGCAAGCGGAUACGGAAGGAUGUACCAGGAAUCGAUACAAUCAAUAGCUUGCCCAAUAACUUGCCUUUGCCUUCUGUUUCUCCUCUUCACCAGCUUGACAUGAAGCCUUCCUUACCCCUGCAGAAGAGUGGAACUCAUGCUAGUGGGCUGGAAGACUUGGGUAAAAAUGGUGGACUUCCAGAGAUAAAGCUCCCCGUUAAUGGUUGCAGUGAGCUUGAGGACAGUUUUAACAUCCUGCAAAACAAGGAGCUAAAACAAGAACCUUUGGAUGACCCCACCUGCAUAGACACUUCUGAAACAUCCCUUUCGAAUCAAAACAAAUUAUUCUCAGAUAUUAAUCUGAAUGAUCAAGAGUGGCAGGAGUUAAUAGAUGAGCUAGCCAACACUGUACCAGAAGAUGACAUACAAGAUUUGUUCAAUGAAGACUUCGAAGAGAAGAAGGAACCAGAAUUUCCCAGGCCUGCCGCUGAGACUCAAGAAAGUGCAAGCGUUAAGAGCGAUCCAUCUCAUUCUCCAUUUGCUCACGUACCAAUGGGGUCUCCCCAGGUGAGGCCUUCUUCUUCAGGCCCUCCAUUUUCAAAUGUCUCCACAGCUUCUAGUAUAACUUCUGUAUCCAGUGCUCCACCAGCUCCAAUCUCUGCCAGCUCACCAGCAAAUUGUGUUGUUCAGUCACCUCAAACUCCCAAUCAAGCCCAUACUCCAGGUCAAACUCAGUCACGACCUGGAAAUGGUUAUCUUAUUAAUCCAGGAGCAAUGACUGUCGCAGGUUCAGGGCCUGGUCCUGUGGCUAUAUCCAGUGCUGACUUGUCUCCGGCUGAACAGCUCAAGCAAAUGGCAGCACAGCAACAACAAAGAGCUAAACUCAUGCAGCAAAAGCAGCAGCAGCAUCCAAAUCAAGCAUCAAGCUGGUCACCUGUGGGACCUCCAUCUAGUCCGUAUGGAGGACCCUUCAGUUCAGACAAACCAAAUAGUCCAAUGAUGUAUCCCCAAGCCUUUAACAACCAAAAUCCUAUAGUGCCUCCUAUGGCAAGUAAUCCACAGAAGACCACAAUUAAUAACUACCUCCCUCAAAAUCACAUGAAUAUGAUCAAUCAACAGACAAAUAAUUUGGGUACAAACUCUUUAAGCAAGCAGCCCAACAUGCUUACUUAUGGCAACACUAAACCUCUGACUCAUUUUAAUGCUGAAUUGAGUCAGAGAAUGACCCCACCAAUGGCCAAUCCCAGCAAGAACCCCAUGAUGCCAUACAUACAGCAGCAACAGUCCCAGCAGCCACAGAUGCAAGCUCAGCUGACACACCUGAGUGAGGAACAGAAACGAAUGCUUAUUAUGAAGCAGAAAGGAAUGAUGAAUCAACCAAUGGCAUAUGCAACACUUCCCUCCCUUGGCCAGGAACAGCAUCCGGUGGGACUUUCUCGGACCACAGGCCCUAUGCAGCCUUCUGUCCCACCAGGCUCCAGCAACGUGGUCACGGGUGCAAACCCAGGAGGUCCCAGUUUCCUGGGAAAUCAGCCGCAAGCAGCCAUCAUGAAGCAGAUGCUGAUUGAGCAAAGGGCCCAGCUCCAUGUGAUGGAGCAACAGAAGCAACAGUUUCUAAGGGAGCAAAGGCAGCAGCAGCAGAUCCUGGCAGAGCAGCAGUUGCAGCAGCAGUCACAUUUGCCUCGGCAACAUCUCCAGCAGCAGCGGAACUCGUAUCCAGUGCAACAAGUCAGUCAGUUCCAAGGUUCUCCCCAGGAUAUAGCAGCAGUGAGAAACCAAGCAGCGCUUCAGAGCAUGAGGACCUCCCGAAUGAUGGCCCAGAAUGCAAGCAUGAUGGCAAUGGGGCCCUCCCAGAACCCAGGCACAAUGUCGACAGCAGCUGGUCAGUCCGAGAUGGGAAUGACUCCUUACAGCAAUACAUCUACCAGCCAACCAGGAAUGUAUAAUAUGAGCACAGGAAUGAGCCAAAUGUUGCAGCACCCAAACCAAAGUGGCAUGACCCUGGCACAUAGUGCAGGCCAAGGACCAAGGCAGCCCGCGUCCGCACAAGGGGUUGGAAUUGUCAGCAGUUUUGGUCAAAGUAUCCUGGUGAACUCUAUUCCCCAGCAACAUCAGCAGAUGAAAGGACCUGUGGGCCAAGUCCUGCCCAGGCCACAAGCCCCUAGACUUCAAAACAUGAUGGCAACUGUCCCUCAAGGAGCACAGAACUGGCAGCAGCGAGGCUUACAAGGUAUCCCUGGAAGGACUAGCAGUGAAAUUGGGUCAUUCAACAAUGGCACGGCGUAUCCAGUGCAGUCUGGGCAACCAAGGCUGCCCAAGCAACAUUUUCCACAGGGAAUUAACCAGUCAGUUGUGGACACUAGUGGAACAGUCAGAGCCCUAAAUCCAGCAAUGGGAAGACAAAUGCUGCAACAGCUCCCUGCACAACAAGGAACCAGCCAAGCAAGGACAAUGGUUAUGCCUGCAAUAAGUCAGGGGGUUCCCACUAUGCCUGGUUUCAAUCAGCCCCCUACACAACAGAUGCCAGGUGGGAAUUUUGCUCAGAGCAACCAAGGUCAGACCUAUGAGAGGAAUCCCACUCAGGACAUGUCUUACAAUUACAGUAAUGAAGGAGCUGGAGGUUCCUUUUCAAGUAUAGCAGAGGGUGCGGACCUUGUGGACUCCAUCAUUAAAGGUGGACCAGGUGAUGAGUGGAUGCAAGAACUUGACGAGUUGUUUGGAAACCCAUAGUGAAUGGGCUUGUAUAGUUUAAAACUCUGAUAGUUACGUUAAAAAAAGAAAACAGGAUGUACCCCCAUCCUUGUUUUUUGCUUUUUAAUCUGUGCAAACCGAGCUGACUUGCAGCCAACUGUGGAAGAGUCAGGUGGUGGUUAAAACAUCGACGUGUCGAUUUCACAAAACUUCCACAUAGCAAUCUCCACUGCACAGCAGUACUUGCUCUGUCUGUCUGUGAGAGAGAGGGGAGGGCUGGAAAAGCAGCUGCUCUCUGUCCAUGGGACGAGCUGGCGCGUUCUGUGUGGUGAGGCACUGUUGCGCAGCGAUGCGGUGUUCCCAGUCUCUCCCACUCUAUUUUACUGUAACCGCCGCAGCUUUCAGGACGUGUGAAGAGCUAGAUCCCUCGGCCGGGAACAAAACCUAAGGGAGUUGCCAGGUGAUUGCACAGCCCAUGUCCACAGGUCAGAAAUGUGCUGAACUCUGGGUGUAAGCAGAUCCCAGAUUUCAAAGUGUACCGCUCUCUUUGAUUUGAUACAGAACAAGGCCUAUGGAGCCUACUCUAGGCUAUUGUGCAAGAAUGUCCAGCACAUGUGAUUAGCCUAAACAACCAUAGAGGGGUUACCAUUUUCACUGUAGAGAGAUAAAAAAGUUAAAAUAAAAGCUUAGCAGAACAUAAACUUGGCAAUACAAAGAGCAGGAUGGUUUGAGUACAGGACUGUUGGUGAAUAUGAGCAGGCAUACCCAAUGCUUAGGUGGGUGGGUUAACUUAAUGAGCUAUUAAUUCUCUUUUAGGCUCAUGUCUCUGCUUCUGUAUCUGGGCGCUUCGGCACAUCUGUGCUGCUUGGCAGUGUACUGUUGGCUAGCAGCUAAACAAGGUGUAAAAGGACUAAGCAGAGUGAACAGAUUACAGUAGAGUUCUGUGCAGAUCCAAUUCAAGUCCCCUUCUCUUCCUCCUUCCCCAAUAAUACUCAUGAUUUUUCCUUAACAAUGGGGAAAAAUAUGCACUGUAACACAAGGCCAUUGCACUUCACUUUUCUUCAGCCGAGCAGCAGCCCCCACAAACAGGGACAAUGAAGAAAGGAAGCAGUUGGAGAACAUUAAAAUGCACCACAAGAGUGUGGAACUCUGAAUGAGUUUCCCUUCUUCUCCUGAAUGCGCAAGAUUAGAGAUGUUGUUUGGGGCUGGGAUGCCCAUGCAGUUGAUUUAAUACUACAUGCAGCCUGCUUUUCUGUCUUAAACAGAUGUUCAGUGUAAACUUCCUAGUGCCGGGAUAAAUUUGCUGGGGUAUCCAAACAGCAGGAAUCAAGAAAGGACUGGUUGUAAUGAUCAACCACAGUCGGGGCAAAUGACUCUCUAUUGGUUAUCGCAAAUACAGGGUCUACCCAAACCAGCUUGCUAGGCAGUAGCAGUGACAUAUCUCUUGACAGGUUAAAUGCAGAUCUGUGCUGAACAUGUAACAAAACUGUGAUAUGUCUUUCAAAAUGGUGCUUUUAAAAUAAUAAAACCUGGCCCUUCAGAAUAUCUGAACCCAAUCUCUGUGAGCCAAAACAUUUGCUGAAGUGAAAAUUGUUUAAAUGAUCCAAACCUACCAAUCGACUUGUCUUCAUUUGCUUGGUUUAGGCCCCAUGGUAUGAAGCACUGACCCAUUGAAAUCUGUGGGAGCUGAGGAUGGGCAUUCAAUACCUCACAGGUUCAAGCCCUUUGUUUCUGCAUGGAGCACAGGUCUGAGCAGGAGCAAGAAAUGGGAGUAAAAUGGACCCUUUAUCCCCUCAGGUUAUGUGUACACUGCAGCCAGGUGGUGUGAUUCCCAGCUGGGUAGACAGACUGGAGCUACUGUCCUAAAAAUUAGCAGCGUGGAUAUUGUGGCACUGGCAAUGGCUCCCCCCCGGGGUCUGAGCUUGGGUCAGUAGCCUGAGCCAUCACAACAGCCUCGCCUCUAUUUUAAUGCGCUACCUUGAGCUGAGCUCAUGCAAGUCUGUGUGCUGGGAAUCGCACCUCCAGCUGCAGUGUAGACAUAGCAUCAGGUAACUCAGUGCCCUGCUGCUUGUUCACUCUUGUGUGGUAACCCUUUGCUGGGCUUGUCUAGACUAGGACAAAGGGUGUAGACAGGGCAAGCUGUAUGUUAACAUGGGUUAGCUGGUUAAGGUAAUUCCCAAACAAUCUGUUAAAAUACAGCGUGUCCCGGCUACACCAGAGUUUUAAAAUGCAUUAGUUAAAAUGUUUUACCCAACACAUUUUAAUAAUACACUUGAAGGGGCUGAUCAGUAUCCGUUGAAGUCCAUGGGAUUUGGUCUUUCCACUGAUUUCAGGGGAUGUCAGGGUGGGCCCUAAUACUGUAAAAGUGAGCACCAACUGAAGAUUUCAACCACAAGCAUUUUAUAGCUAGUAGGAUCUUAGUCAUACUAGCAUAAAGGGGGGUAGAUGAAGGGCUAGAACUGGCACUGGUGUGCUAUGUGUAAAUGUUAUCGGAGUGGGUAGGGUACAUGCUUGUCCUGCACUGUGUCAGACAGUUGCACCAUGCUAACCAAGGGUCACAUACAGCAGUGAGGACGCCAAGCAUGGUGGGGAUGGAGUGGCUGGUCUGCAUCAUUAUUUCCUGGCCUCGGUGACAAAGCAUACCCUGUCAACUAUGGAUACAUCUACACAGCAAAAAAAAAAAACUUAUGGUGCUGAGUCUCAGUGCAUGGGUCAACUGACUUGAGCUCGCCAGACUCGAGCGGUGGGGCUGAAAAUAGCCUUGUACAUGUUUUGGCUUGGGCUGGAGCCUGGGUUCCAGGACCCUCUCCCUUGCUAGGCUUCAGAGUCCAUGCUGCAGCCCAAGCCAGAACAUCUACACGGCUAUAUUCUGCCCCGCAGCAUGAGCCCUGUGAGCCUGAGUCAGUUGACCCAGGCUCUGAUUUUGCUUUGUAGAUGUAUCCUCAGAGAGGCAAACUGGGAAAUUAGAUUUAGAAACACACACGCACACGCGCACACACUGAAAAGUGACGUAAUGGAAAUUCACUUUUAUUGGAAGGGUACAGGAAUUAGCGCAUAUAUGGUGACAGGAAGUUUGCUGAUGAGGACUGAGUCGCUGUUGUCUUUGUAAAGCUUCCUCCAAAUACUCCGUACUGGGACCAAGUAAUAGAGAGGUAGAUUUUAAUAGGUUUGGUUUUUUUCUUACUAUGGUGCUGAUGUAUAUGUAAUGUUUAAAAAAAAAAAAAAAAAAAAGGUUAUUUGUAAAUAGGUUUUUACAAUUCUGCAGAUAUCACUGGGUCUACUAUCUGUAAAAUAUAUACAUAUAAAUAUAUAUAUACUGUUUGUUUAAAAUAGAGUAUUUUUAUUUCAUUCCUUAACUCAUCCUCACUGCAGUGGUAUUGCACUUCAGAUGACAUCUAAUUACUAAUUUGUACUGUAUCCCUGACAGCAACUUGCUCCAUUUUAUUCAGAUUUUUCUAGUGUUCUGUUUUUACUUUGUACAUUAAGCAUUGCUUAUUUCCUUUUGAGACCUGUACAGAGCUCUGAAAAUGUAGAAAUGACCUGAUGUUAACAUACCACUUUUAAAGAAAAAGCAAAAAAACAAAUAAAAGAUUGUUAUCUGAAUCAAAGAAAAGACUGAUUUAUAAGACUCUCACUCAUGGCACCUCACAUUCAUCCUACCAUGAUAUCCGGAUAUUAUCACUAUUAUCUUUGGGGCUUCAAAGGAAGAAGAGGGAUUGAGUUUAAAAUGGGCAUGAAGGUUAUUUUAUUCGGUUGGCUAGCUAUAAAGUAACAAUCAGUAAGAAGAAAGGGGUAAAGUCUGUUGUGGUAUAUUGAUUACAAGAGUGAACCAUUCACUUUGUGGUAUGCUUUCAUGAUCUCCAGUAACAACAGCUAUAGUUAACAUUGCAAAAACGUUUUCAUUAUAAGUCAUUUUCGCACUUUCCAAAGAAAUCAUUUUUAAGUCUUAAUUUUUUUCCAGGUUUGGGCUGUGCUUGAAGGCUUUAUUUUAAUUUUAUUUGAAUUAAAAGUUAGAGCAAAAUUGCUUCAGUCUUAUCUGAGUUAUGGGAGAGUAAAAAAGAUACAGCAUUCCCACUGUAAAAAUAAAUAAAUAAAUAAAUAAAUCUUCGAAAAGGGCUACAGUGAAAUCAGCUGAAGUUCAAAACUCAAUAUUUGGCACACACUUAGCACUCAAUGAGGUACAGUGCUUUUGCCUCCUUUGUGUGGGGAAAAAUUGAAAAAACAAACAAAAUGAGAUUCAUUGGAGUUGAGGGUGCUCGGUAUCUCCUGGGAUCAGGCCCUCAUUUUGUGUUAAGUGUAUUUAAGCUUGUAUUAUGAUGGUAGCAAUUUAAUUUGCCCUCAUCAAUAAUCCAAUCCCUUCCUUGUGAGUGAGUGGUCAGCCCCUGGAUUUGUAUUGGAGUUUAUCCAGUCAAGAAUCUGGUUGUUACCCUGUAAAACAUAGAAGAAAUAAUAUGAAAGGAGCAUGUGCUACUGCUAGACUCAGAACCCUGCUGAAUUCUGGUCUUGGCACUGCCACCAAGUUAUGUGGCUUUGAGAAAGUCUCCAGGCCUGUCAGUCACUCCAUUGAAGCCAAUGGAAUUACACUGAUAUAAACCUACUAUGUUUCCCCACAUGUAAAAUGAAGAUGAUAAUACGUACUUACCUCAGAGGAAUGUUAGUGUUUGUCCAGUGCUUGGUAAAUUGCGUAAGUAGAUCAGUGAACUAUCCAAAGGCAAUGUGGAUUUCUCUAAUUUUAGGUAGCCCACCUCAGCUCUGUAGUAAGCAGGUGUAACUCCCAUAAUUUUGGUCCCAUAUUUCUUCUUUAGCAAUGCUGCUCUGUGUUGUUAAACAGCUGCUGUAUUUCAUCCCAGAAGUGGCAACAUUUCAUUGACGUGUAGUACAUAUAGUUAGUAUAUCACUUUGCUCCUUUUGUACAGUGGUUAGGGGCCUUGGGAUGGCAGGUUCUCUAUAAACAUACCAAUGCAAGGCUAAGGUUUAUCAUGCCUGAACACUGCUUAAAGAUGGCCUUUGUGGAUCCUCUAGAAGUACUUCAUUACUAUGAUUUAAUUUGGUUCCCUACUACCAUCCCCUCUCAAUUUUUCUGGAGGCAGCACCUCUGAUCGUGACUGUCAAGAGGCAUCAUAUCUGGUAGGAUAGAUUUUUCUGUCUCUCUUCUUACUUCUUAGUGGACCAAAUCCAAGCCCAUUGAAGUCAAUGGAAAGAGUCUCACUAACUUCAGUGGGUGCGGGAUCAGGCCCUAUAUCUCCUGUUUUUCCCCCUGGAGCCAUGCUGUUUGGGCAUCUCUCCAGCCUCAGGAGCUUCAAGGCAAGUGUCCUUUAAAAGCGCAAAAGACAGACUAUUCAUCAUCAUUGUUCCCUCUGCAACAAUAACUGCCUCACCCAUGUUGAAUUUUAAUUCUUUGGAUACACGUAGUUAGCAACCUCAUUGCUAUUCAGUCAUCACAAAUGCUAGAAUAUGGCAAGUGAUCUAGUUACAGUGACUAUGGAUGCCUCAGCUCCAAUCUUAUAAUUGAUCAUCAUGUGGAAGAUGAUUAAUGGUCUGACUCAACAUCUGUUUAAGUCAAUGGUCUUUGAAUUAGGCCCUAAAUGUCACAUAGUGCCCUGAAUGACCAGAACUAAGUGCAUACAAUAUUUAUGGCCAAACCCCAGCUGCAGAUGUAUGCCAGAAGGACUCUCUGCCUACAAGCUCCCAUUUAUCUGAACAGAUUUGGUGUCACCCAAAUUGUUUGAAUAAUCAGGAAUCUGCUAUAACUUUAUUUAGACCUAUUUAAAGACAUUUAACAGCUUUGCCUUUUUUCUUUCUUCGGUGCUGUUUCAAUUCAACCUCAGCACCAUGCCCGGAAAGCCCACCAGGCAGUGAUUUUUCUCUCUUCCCCGCCCCCUUUUAAUGAAAACUGUUUUCACAGUCAGUUUGCUUUCGUUAUUAUUUUAUGACUCUCUGUGAGCUUUGGCAGUGCUGGAGCGUUUGUCUAGUCUCUCCCAUACAUCAGCCAUCUGUGCUUUAUGGAGAAACAAUGAAAUAGAUUCAGUUGCUUGACUAGCAUCUGUGCCUAGCUGUGUCUGGUUUAGGUCCUGAUCCUGCCACUGACUCCAGGUUGGCAGACAUCUGUUCCCUCAUGAAGACCCAUUGACUUCAGUGGGGCUCUCUGCGAAAACAGGGGUCUGCCCAUAGAGAGGCCCCAAAUCAGGAAAGUGUCCCUGUUCAGGAAAGGCGCUUUGUGGGACUUAAACACAUACUGACUUUAAGCACGUGCUUAACUUUAAGUAAGACUUAAUCAUGUGCUUGAAGUCAAUGAAGUCUGUCUAUAUUCAAGAAAGCACUGUAAACACAUGCUUAAAUGUUCUCCUGAAUCAGGGCUGGAGUCGCUUGCAGGACUGGGGCCACAGAUUCUAAAUGCCUCUGUGCAGGGACCAUGUGUUUCUCUAUGUUCAGCCCCAAGUAUGAUGCAGAGCAGGAAGAAUCCAGCAGCCAUGGCAGGGCUGAAGGACAUUGGGUAGAAUAGUUGUCAUGUGCAACAACUAUUUCAAUUAAGCCACUCACUGGAUUAACAUUGUCUGAAUUCAAUGUAAUUUUUGCUGUCAUACAAUAUUGUACACAUGAGACCAGUUCAUUAAACAUGUAACUCAAAA